CCAGUUGAGUUCCUUUAACUGAACAAGCAACAAUUCCCGAGAUGAAGUUCCUGAUCAUCCUUGCCCUGGCCGUGGCCGCCUCCGCUUUCCCGGAGUCGGAGCUCCACCACCGCAGCCGCGAGAUGCCCGUGGUUGGCAGCAUCGAGGGUCGCAUCACCGGAGGAAGCAAAGCCUCCGUCGGCCAGUUCCCCUACCAGGUGGGACUUUCCCUGCGAGUGAGCGCUCUGUCCAGCGCCUGGUGCGGUGGCUCCCUGAUCGGAAACUCCUGGGUCCUGACCGCUGCUCACUGUACCGAUGGAAUUUCGUCCGUGACCGUCUACCUGGGCGCCACCGUGCGUACCGCCGCCGAGGUUACCGCCACCGUCUCCAGCUCCGACAUCAUCAUCCACUCCGGCUGGAACAGCGCCAACUUGAAGAACGACAUCUCCCUGAUCAAGAUCCCCAGUGUCGCCUACACCACCAAUAUCCAGGCUGUCAAGCUCCCAUCGAUCGCCAGCUCUUACUCGACCUAUACCGGUGAUUCCGCUAUCGCCUCCGGAUGGGGCCGCACCAGUGAUACGUCCAACUCGGUGGCCAACGAACUGUACUACGUCGCCUUGACUGUGAUCGCCAACAGCGUGUGUGCCAACACCUACGGAUCCUCGAUCGUGACCUCCUCCAACAUCUGCGUCGCCACCCCCAACGGUCAGUCCACCUGCAACGGUGACUCCGGCGGCCCUCUGGUUCUGUCCUCCUCCAAGGUUCUGAUCGGUGCUACCUCCUUCGGUGCUUCUGCCGGUUGCCAGAAGGGCUACCCAGCUGCCUUCACCCGUGUGACCAGCUACGUGGACUGGAUCAAGUCCAACACUGGCAUCUCUUACUAGAUGGGGAACGAUCAUUUCGCAAAAAUAUAAAAAUCAUUUCUAACGAA